AUGGCGACCUCCGGGAGAGAGCCCAAGUUUCCGAGGCCUUCCUCCCUCCAGGGAGGCAUGAGCAUUUCACGAACUGGAGCGCAGUCGAAAGUGCUGCACUCAGAAAAGGAUCGUUACUCUUGCUGGUCUCCUUUUCCCAUGGGGCAGAGACCGAAAAAUACUUUAUACAAAGCCUCCUCCUACCUGCUCCAGCACCUCAUUCACCGCUAUCAGGAGUCAGACGUGGACAGAAAUUACUACGACCUGGAAGAGGGCGAGGGUGAAGUGGAAUCCGAGGUGUCCUCAGAAUCCGAAAUGCUGAAUUUUGAGGGAGGAUUUGAUGGGGUCCUGAGAGAGGAGGUCGUGGCUGAGAAGCUCUACCAACUGGGGCGCUCAGGCUCUGGGACGGAGCAGGUCUAUCUCAGCCUGACUUUGUCAGAUCUUGACUUAACUGACGUUAGCAUCCUCUGUGGAUAUGUUCACCUACAGAAGUUGGAUCUUUCAGUAAAUAAAAUUGAAGAUUUGUCUUGUGUGAGCUGUAUGCCUUAUCUUCUAGAACUUAAUGCUUCUCAGAAUCACCUGAAAACAUUCUUCAAUUUCAAGCCACCCAAAAACCUCAAGCAGGUGGAUUUUUCCUGCAACCAGAUUUCAGAAAUGUGCAGUUUAUCGGCAUAUGAGUCUCUCACGAAGCUAAUUUUGGACAGCAAUGAGAUAACUGAAAUCAGUGGACUCGAGCUGUGUAGCAGUCUUACCUACCUUAGUUUGGCCAACAACAGGAUCACAACCAUUAAUGGCUUAGGCAUGUUACCAAUCAAAAUACUUUGUCUGAGCAAUAACCAGAUUGAGAAGAUCACAGGUUUGGAUGACCUAAGAGUCCUGCAGAUCCUCGAUCUGAGCCAGAAUCAGAUCAGUAGCCUCCAAGGCUUAGAGGGUCAUGAUUUCUUGGAAGUGAUCAACCUCGAGGAUAAUAAGAUUGCUGAGCUGGAUGAAAUAGAAUACAUUGAAAACCUACCUCUCCUUCGAGUUCUCAAUCUCCUAAGAAAUCCAAUUCGGGAAAAACCUGACUAUUGGUCCUUCGUCAUUUUUAUGCUACUUCGAUUAACAGAAUUGGAUCAGAAGAAGAUUAAAGUGGACGAAAAGAUCUCGGCCGUGAAUAAAUACAACCCUCCCCCGGAAGUGGUCGCGGCCCAAGACCACAUGACCCAUGUGGUCAACAGCGUGAUGCAGCCACAGAAGAUCUUUGACAGCACCCUGCCGAGUCUGGAUGCCCCGUAUCCCAUGCUGGUAUUGGCCGGUCCUCAAGCAUGUGGUAAACGAGAACUCGCUCACCGCCUCUGCAGACAGUUCAGCACUUACUUCAGAUACGGGGCCUGUCACACCACCAGACUGCCUUACUUUGGAGAAGGAGAUCGGGUUGAUUAUCAUUUUAUCUCUCAAGAAGUUUUUGAUGAAAUGCAAAACACGGGGAAAUUCAUUCUAACCUAUAAUUAUGGUAAUCACAAGUACGGAUUAAGUAGGGACACCAUAGAAGGUAUCGCGAGAGAUGGCUUAGCAAGCUGUGUUCAUAUGGAAAUAGAAGGUGUAAGAAGUUUAAAACAUUCCUAUUUUGAGCCUCGAUAUAUCCUGGUGGUACCCAUGGACAAGCAAAAAUAUGAGGGCUACUUGAGGAGAAAAGGAUUAUUCAGUCGUGCAGAGAUUGAAUUUGCUGUCUCCAGAGUGGACCUUUAUAUUAAAAUUAAUCAGAAAUAUCCAGGAUACUUUGAUGCAGUAAUCAAUGCAGAUGAUCUGGAUGUUGCCUACCAAAAGCUGAGUAAGCUCAUUAGAGAAUACCUUGGAUUUUCUGAGGUAACUGCCAAGAGUUUGGUUCCAACCACAGGAGCUCCCUCUAGCAAGAAGACUGCCUCUGGGGUGCCGGCACACUUGGUUCCAUCCCCAAGGCGCUUGGCGAAACUGCAAGCGGAUGGCCAGGUAACAGAGCAUCUCUCUGGAAUGCAGAUCCCCACAAAGAUCCCUGAAAAUCAGAGCCUAGCUCCCUCCCAGAACCAGGAGCUGACUCAGGAGGGAGCAGCCCCUCCAAAGGGGCUUUCUCCCGAGAGCCAGGUCAGCACUGAGCCUCCUGCAGAGCCCAGCCCGUCAGCGCCUGGUCUCCCCCAGAAGGCCCAAGACUUAUCCCCAAACCAGAAGGAAGCCGAUGCUCAACAAUCAGCUCUUUCUUCAACAACAGCAACCACAGAUCUGCCUGAGAACGAGGCCCGGACAUCCGAGGUGAAAGCAGGUGAAGAGGGGCAGCCUGCCACCACUCCCUCCCAAGGGCCUCUUCAGCCUCCUGACCCACCGCCAGCCCAGGGCCCUCAGCUGGCUCAGGAUGAAGAAUCAGGGGAGGCCAGGGUAACCCCCAGCAGCCCUCCCUGCUCUGAACUUCCACAGGGAUCUGACCCAGCAUCCUUCGGCCCCCAGGGAAUCCAGGAGGGGGAAACCGGGUCAGCCAGCCUGCCAGCCAACAGUUCCCAUCAUGAUCCUCCCAGAGAUCCCUCUGGCCCUGACGAGGUCACACCUGGACCACCUCCGGGAGACUCUCAAGAACCUUCCGAGGAGGGAGUCCCCAAAGCGGAAGUUGCCCGGGUCGACACACCUUACCCAGAAAUGCCACAUCCCCAGGACUCAACAGAUACCCCACAGACCCAGGACAGGGGGGACCCCAUGACUCUGACUCCCAGAAGCUGGCUGGCUCCCACCAGGCUGCCCCAGCCCCGGGUCCUUGCUCCGUUCCAGAGUCGGAGGCCCACGCCCAAACUCCUGUCACCCAGCAGGGACGAGGCCCUCGGAACAGCCUCAGAUCAAACCGUGACUCCCUCUCCCAGGCCCCUGCUAGCUCAGGACGGAGACCCCAGUAAACUUCCUCUCAUCAGCUCCCCCCAUUCCAAACAGCCCGCCAACCCGAGCCCCCAUCAGGGCCCCAGCCCCCAGCAAGUCCAGGAAGAGAAAGUCCGGGAGGUGAAACUGCCUCUUAUCAGUCCUCCAGUGCAGGAGCCAUCAGCUGCCCCCCACCCACCCCAGGAAGGGGAGACCCACUUAAUCAAGCUCCCCCGAAUUUCCACUCCUUUCUCAGAACAGCUGCCUCAGAACAUGGCUUCUUCUGAUUCGAGGUCUGCCAAGGAAAGGCAGACUCCCAAGGCAGGCCACUCCUCCAGCAAGAAGAUUCCAGAUACGCAUGCCUCACCCCAAAACCACGAGCCAGGACAGCCUAUAGGAGCUAGGAAAAAAAAACUUCCUGGCCACAGAGAGACAGCUAAAGGGCCCGCACACCUGAAAAGGGCGCCACCUGGAGGCCACCAUGCAGCCUUGCAGCCAGAAUCCCAGAGGAAGCCAACCCUCCUCAGGCCCCCCAGACACCCCAACCCCAGCCUUCCCCGGAGCCCUCAAGGGCAUCGGAGAGGAAAAGUCCAGACACCAGACAUUCCUGAACCACCCAACACUGAACCAGUGCCUAAAGAUGCCCAGGUCCAGGAAGAGAAAAGGGGAAACGUACUUCAUUCCAGGAAAAAGGUCGAUGCCAACCUCCCUGCAGAUGACCUGGUUCAGAAGGGAGCCAGGUCAAAGAAAGGACCAGCUUUGAAAAGACAGGAUUCUGGAGGAUUAUCUCAAGAAAACACAACUACCCUCAGUGGUGAUCAAGCAACUCCAGAAGGUCAACCCCCUCACAGGAGAACCCCCCAGAAUGAGGAGGUCUCUGCAGAGUCAGUAUCGGAGGGCUCUGCUGCCUGCGAGCAUCCGAGGAGAAAAAAAGAGGAUCACAGAAGGGAUAGGUCUCAGACAGGAGAGACUUCUUCGGAUCCCCCAGGGCAGGACGGCAUGGCCCCCAUCCAGCAGCCUGUCAGAGACACACAAGCUGAGCAGGGAGCCAGCCAGACUGGGCCAAGCUCUGUCCAGAGGGACCGUGCUUCCAGGCAGCAAACCAAAGAGAGAGGCACCUGGAAACACAGGGGAGCCCCAGGGAACACCAGCCCGGCUGCACCCCAGAACCAGGCAUCUGCUGGGGAGCAGGGCAACUGGAAGGGAAGGCUUCGAGCUCGGGGCAGUCAGAGCACCAAGGUGUGAGCCGUCGUGGGGCCACCAGGUCAUUGACAUCUGUGCCCCCUAAAGCCAUGGAAAGCUACGGUCAGGGCCCUACAGUCUAUAUAGCAGCUUCCUCCUGCAACCCCUAGUCAGUGUAGCUGGGAAGGCCUACCACUGGAUUCUUAGAAGGCAGCUGAUCUAUACACUUCAGUAUCUCCUUUGAGGCUUGCCAUCGCAGCCUGGAAAAGCAGCCCUGUGGUGGUGGGGUACGCCAGCAAGUGGUUCCCCCGCUCCAGCAGAUAGAGCAAGUCUGAAGGGUUGGUAUCAGCAAAGAUGCUUUGUGUCCAGACUUACAUGAAUUCCAACAUGAUUGUAGGCUCUGUCUGAAGCAAUGCCUUAUAGCCACUAAGUUUUCUUUUGUUGCUGUUCUUCAGUCGCUCAGUUGUGUCCAACUCUUUGCAACCCCAUGGACUGCAGCACGCCAGGCUCCCCUGUCCUUCUUCACCUCCCGGAGUU